AUGGGGGUCGGAUGCUGGAGGAACCUCCUGGUGCUGCUGGUUGCCCUGGUCCUGGCGGCCAAGCUGGGUCACUUCCAAAGGUGGGAAGGCUUCCGGGAGAUGCCCAUGAGCAAGAAAAACAUGGAUCCAACACUCGACUUCUUCAUUCAAUCCUACAACAACGCCAGCAAUGACACCUACUUAUUUCGAGUCCAGAAGCUACUUCGAAGUCAGAUACAGCUGACGACAGGAGUGGAGUAUAUGGUCACUGUGAGGAUUGCCCGGACAACAUGCAAGAAGAAUGACACGAAGGAUCCUUCCUGCCCCCUGCAGAGCGAGAAGCUGAAAAAGAGUUUGAUUUGCGAGUCUUUGAUAUACACCGUGCCCUGGAUAAACUAUUACCGGCUCUGGAACAACUCUUGCCAGGAGGACUGA